AAGCCACGUGUCAUACUGCAAUACAAACAACUCAACCGCCUCAUAUAAGCCCCAAUACCGCUCUCAACCCAACCCGUCAGAAUUCCUCCCUCCCUCUCUCUCCAAACACAUAGUUCAGGAAUUAUAAAAACUUCUGCUGUCUUUUGUUUUAGGAUUUUUUUUUAUUCAUUUUCCAGAAAUUCAGACCUAGAGAUCGUGCGCCUUCUGCAUCACAGGGAGUUUGUGAUGGAUUCUAGAGUUCCAGCCCAAUCUCAGCCGCAACACAAUUUCUCUUUGCCUGCUUUGAAUUUGAACAAGGAGAUCCAAUCUAGCCGCUGCCUCCGGAGCCACUCUGUCAAGUCUCCUUCCCAGAGAUCCCAUCCAUCCACCAGAUCUCGGCCCCAAGAUUCGCAGAGACCAUCACCAUUGAGCGAUUCUGCUUCAAAGCAGCUGGUUCUUGUUAGCAGGAGCAAUUCCAUGAAGUCAGAGUCUGGAACUAAAGGAAAUGGAUCAAAAAUCUCGAUCAAAAUUCCGUGCAAGAAUGGGAAAAAAAAUCAGGAAGAGCGGUGUGAGAGAGGGGCUGGAGAAAAUAAGGAGAAGAAGAAGUUGAGCUUCGAGGUCUCUUUAUCCCAACUGGAGAUUGAAGAGGAUAUUUAUGGUUUUACUGGAUUGAGGCCUAACAGGAGGCCUAAGAAGAGAGCGAAGAAUGUUCAGAAACAGUUGGACGAUGUGUUUCCUGGAUCAUGGUUGGAAUCAAUAACUCCUGAUUCAUACAAGGUCCUAUUUAUCCAGGAUUUCGAAAGCUAUUAAUAUAUUCAGCAAGAAGGAAGUCUGCAAUGUCUGUUGCCAAGAUCAAAAUUGCUAACCUUCCUUUGAGUAUCCAAAAUAUAAGGAGGUUAAUUUUUGCCAUUCUAGACGCCCCAAACAUGGUGGUAAUUCAUUUUCAGAAUCUGGGCACACAUGGCUGACAUCUUUGCAGCUGCAUUAAGGAUUCCCCAUCUAUCCUCCGGAUGUCAGCCCGAGAGUCCCCGAGACCGUCACCCUUUGAGUGAUUCUGCUUCAUGAGCCCGAGCCAGUGAGCCAAAUCGAAACCCCUAAUUUAUACAGGGUAUCUAGAAAUUAACAAAAGGUCUUGAGAGAUGCUUAAAUAUUUGAUUUUACCAUUGUUGUUUUAGUUCUGUUGUAUGCAGGGUUACAUGCAAUCUUCUUGGAAAUGUGUUUAUUCUGGGUGAGGAGUAAUCAUUCUGGAAAUUCGCUCUUGGAAAUUUAUGGUUUUUUUUUUCUUGUCCCUGUAAUUUUGGGAUGGCAUUUAGAAAUGGAAUCUGCAGUAUUUUAUAAAUGUGAAAUAAAAAAUGAGUUCUCUUUAGGUUUAUGUUUCCUUUAUUUUUAGAUGUUUCAUAUUCGACUCAAAGAAUUGAUAGUAGACAUUUAUUUCUUUAUGAACAAGUUAUAUCAUGAAGAGUUUCAUUUUCAGUA